AUGGCGGCGGCGGCGGGCGGCGGCAGUUGCCCCGGGCCUGCCUCCGCGCGGGGCCGCUUCCCCGGCCGGCCGCGGGGCUCCGGCGCGGGCGGGGGCCGCGGCGGACGGGGCAGCGGGGCCGAGCGAGUGCGGGUAGCUCUGCGGCGCGGCGGCGGCGCGGCGGGGCCGGGCGGAGCCGAGCCCGGAGAGGACGCGGCCCUGCUCCGCUUGCUGGGGCUCCGCCGGGGCCUGCGCCGGCUCCGCCGCCUGUGGGCCGGCCCGCGCGUUCAGCGGGGCCGGGGCCGGGGCCGGGGCCGGGGCUGGGGCCCGAGCCGGGGCUGCGUGCCGGAGGAGGAGAGCAGUGACGGGGAAUCCGACGAUGAGGAGUUUCAGGGUUUUCAUUCAGAUGAAGAUGUGGCCCCCAGUUCCCUGCGCUCUGCGCUCCGAUCCCAGCGAGGUCGAGCCCCCCGAGGUCGGGGCCGCAAGCAUAAGAUGAGCCCCCUUCCGCCUCCUCGCCUAACAGAUGCGGCUCCUACUCCCCCCAAGACUCCUGCCCGGAAACGGGGCGAGGAGGGCACAGAACGGAUGGUGCAAGCACUGACUGAACUUCUCCGGCGGGCCCAGGCACCCUCAGUCCCCCGGAGCCGGGCAUGUGAGCCCUCCACCCCGCGCCGAUCUCGGGGACGGCCUCCAGGACGGCCAGCAGGCCCCUGCAGGAAGAAGCAACAAGCAGUAGUGGUGGCAGAAGCAGCUGUGACAAUCCCCAAGCCGGAGCCCCCACCUCCUGCGGUUCCAGUGAAACACCGGACUGGCAGCUGGAAGUGCAAGGAGGGACCCGGCCCCGGCCCUGGGACCCCCAAGCGUGGAGGACAGUCUGGGCGAGGAGGCCGUGGAGGCAGGGGCCGAGGCCGAGGCGGGCUCCCCCUUGUGAUCAAGUUUGUUUCAAAGGCCAAAAAAGUGAAGAUGGGACGAUUGUCCUUGGAACUCGAAUCAGGUCAGGGUCAAGAUCAACAUGGGGAAAGCUGGCAGGAUGCCCCCCAAGGAAGAGUCGGAGCUGGACAGGGAGAGGGUCCUUGCUGGAGGAAGGAGCAAAAACUGGAGGAGGAGGAGGGAGAGGAGGAGGAGGGAGAGGAAGAGAGAGAAGAAGAAAAAGUCGAGGAGGCGGAAGAGCGGGAAGAGAAGGCUGUGGCCGAGGAAGAGGUGAUAGCUGAGGAGAAGGAAGAGAUAAAACUGCCAUCGCCACCACUGACUCCUUCGACCCCUCCACCUCUCCCACCUCCCCCACCCCCUCCGAUGUCUCCUCCAUCCCCACCGGGCCCGCCGCCUCCCCCAGUGUCCCCCCCACCUCCUUCAUCGCCUCCGCCUCCUGCCCCAGAGGAACAGGAAGAAUCCCCGCCUCCUGUGGUCCCAGCCGUGUGCUCCAGGAAGAGGGGCCGGCCUCCCCUGACUCCCAGCCAGCGGGCUGAGCGGGAAGCGGCUCGGGCAGGGCCGGAGGGCACCUCUCCUCCCACUCCAACCCCCAGUGCCACCACAGGAGGCCUUCUUGAAGACAGUCCUACUGUGGUCCCCAAAAGUACCACCUUCCUGAAGAACAUCCGGCAGUUUAUUAUGCCCGUGGUGAGUGCCCGCUCCUCCCGCAUCAUCAAGACACCCCGGCGAUUUAUAGAUGAAGAUCCCCCCAAGCCUCCAAAGGUGGAGGUCUCACCUGCUCAGCGACCUCCCGUUGCCAUCUCCCCGCUCGCCCCCCAGGAACCAGCGCCAGCUCCCUCUCCCCCACGUGCCCCAACUCCUCCAUCUAGCCCUGUACCGCUCCCCGAGAAGAGAAAGUCUAUCCUAAGGGAACCCACAUUUCGCUGGACCUCGCUGACCCGGGAACUGCCCCCGCCUCCCCCUGCCCCUCCACCGGCCCCACCCCCGCCCCCGCCUCCACCCCCACCGCCUGCCCCUGCCAUUCCAUCCCGGAGACCCCUGCUCCUUCGAGCCCCUCAGUUUACCCCAAGCGAAGCCCACUUGAAGAUCUACGAAUCGGUGCUUACUACUACUACUCUUGGGGCCCCCGAAGCCCCUGAGCCAGAGCCGCCUCCCGCCGAUGACUCUCCAGCUGAGCCUGAGCCACGGGCAGUGGGCCGCACCAACCACCUCAGCCUGCCUCGAUUUGCCCCUGUGGUCACCACUCCUGUUAAGGCCGAUGUGCCCCCUCCUGGGGCUCCAGCUCUGAGCAGUGGGCAGCACCCUCAGGCUCAGCUACAGCAACCCCUGCCAGCCUUGCAUGCCCAGCUGUUGCCCCAGGCACUACCACCCCUGCAGCCACAGCUGCAGCCACAGCUACAACUGCAGUCACCACCACAGCAGCCACUACCAUCACAGCAGUCGCCGCCACCACAACCUCCACUAACGCAGCAGCCGUCGCCACUGGAAAAGGCCCGGAUCGCAGGCUUGGGUUCCUUACCACUGUCUGGUGUGGAGGAGAAGAUGUUCAGCCUCCUCAAGAGAGCCAAGGUGCAGCUGUUCAAGAUCGACCAGCAACAGCAGCAGAAGGUGGCGUCUCUGACGCCGCCGAGCCCUGGCGGGCAGGUGGAGGAGGGCGUGGGGACCGUCAAGCAGAUACCAGACAGAGGUUCCGUCAGGUCCGAAGAUGAAUCGUUGGACGCUAAGAGAGAGAGACCGUCGGGCCCCGAGUCGCCUGUGCAAGGGCCCCGCAUCAAGCACGUCUGCCGUCAUGCUGCUGUGGCCCUGGGCCAGGCCCGGGCCAUGGUGCCUGAGGAUGUCCCCCGCCUCAGCGCGCUCCCUCUCCGGGAUCGGCAGGACCUCGCCACGGAGGAUACUUCAUCAGCUUCUGAGACGGAGAGUGUCCCGUCGCGGUCCCAGCGGGAGAAGGUGGAGUCCGCAGGACCCGGGGGAGACUCGGAGCCUGCAGGGUCCGCAGCCACCCUGGCUCACGCACCGCGGCGCUCGCUGCCCUCCCACCACGGCAAGAAGAUGCGAAUGGCGCGCUGUGGACACUGUCGGGGCUGCCUGCGUGUGCAGGACUGUGGGUCCUGUGUCAAUUGCCUGGACAAGCCCAAGUUUGGGGGCCCCAACACCAAGAAGCAGUGCUGUGUAUACCGUAAGUGUGACAAGAUAGAGGCUCGGAAGAUGGAACGACUGGCUAAAAAAGGCCGGACGAUAGUGAAGACGCUGUUGCCCUGGGAUUCCGAUGAAUCUCCUGAGGCCUCCCCUGGUCCUCCAGGCCCACGCCGGGGGGCGGGAGCUGGGGGGCCCCGGGAGGAGGUGGCGGCCCCCCCGGGGCCCGAGGAGCAGGACUCCCUCCUACUGCAGCGCAAGUCAGCCCGGCGCUGCGUCAAACAGCGACCCUCCUAUGAUAUCUUCGAGGACUCAGAUGACUCGGAGCCCGGGGGUCCCCCUGCUCCCCGGCGUCGGACCCCCCGAGAGAAUGAGCUGCCAGUACCUGAACCUGAGGAGCAGAGCCGACCCCGCAAACCCACCCUGCAGCCUGUGUUACAGCUGAAGGCCCGCAGGCGCCUGGACAAGGAUGCUUUGGCCCCUGGCCCCUUUGCUUCUUUUCCCAAUGGCUGGACUGGAAAACAAAAGUCCCCUGAUGGCGUGCAUCGAGUCCGCGUGGAUUUUAAGGAGGACUGUGACCUAGAGAAUGUGUGGCUGAUGGGCGGCCUAAGCGUGCUGACGUCCGUGCCAGGGGGCCCGCCGAUGGUGUGCUUGCUGUGUGCCAGUAAAGGCCUGCAUGAGCUGGUGUUCUGCCAAGUCUGCUGUGACCCUUUCCACCCCUUCUGCCUGGAAGAAGCUGAGCGACCCCUCCCCCAACAUCACGACUCCUGGUGCUGCCGUCGCUGCAAGUUCUGCCACGUCUGUGGGCGUAAAGGCCGGGGAUCCAAGCACCUUCUCGAGUGUGAGCGCUGCCGCCAUGCUUACCACCCAGCCUGCCUGGGGCCUAGUUACCCAACACGGGCUACCCGCAAGCGGCGCCACUGGAUCUGCUCAGCCUGCGUGCGCUGUAAGAGCUGUGGCGCGACUCCAGGCAAGAACUGGGACGUCGAGUGGUCUGGCGAUUACAGCCUCUGCCCCAGGUGCACUCAGCUCUUUGAGAAAGGAAACUACUGCCCGAUCUGCACCCGCUGCUAUGAAGACAAUGACUACGAAAGCAAGAUGAUGCAGUGCGCGCAGUGUGACCACUGGGUGCACGCCAAGUGUGAGGGCCUCUCAGAUGAAGACUAUGAGAUCCUUUCGGGGCUGCCAGACUCGGUGCUUUACACGUGUGGACCGUGUGCUGGGGCUACGCACCCCCGCUGGCGAGAGGCCCUGAGUGGGGCUCUACAGGGGGGCCUGCGCCAGGUGCUCCAGGGCUUGCUGAACUCCAAGGUGGCAGGCCCACUGCUGCUGUGCACCCAGUGUGGGCAGGAUGGAAAGCAGCUGCACCCAGGACCCUGUGGUCUGCAGGCCGUGAGUCAGCGCUUUGAGGAAGGCCACUAUAAGUCCGUGCACAGCUUCAUGGAGGACAUGGUGGGCAUUUUGAUGAGGCACUCUGAAGAAGGCGAGACCCCAGAGCGCCGGGCCGGAGGCCAGACAAAGGGGCUGCUACUGAAGCUGCUAGAGUCUGCGUUCGGCUGGUUCGACGCCCACGACCCCAAGUACUGGCGACGGAGUACCCGGCUGCCAAACGGAGUCCUUCCCAAUGCCGUGCUGCCUCCAUCCCUGGACCACGUCUACGCUCAGUGGAGACAGCAGGAACCAGAGACCCCAGAAUCAGGACAGCCUCCAGGAGACCCCUCAGCGGGUGCUGCUUGCCAGGGCAAGGAUCCAGCUGCUCUGUCACACCUGGAAGACCCCCGCCAGUGUGCGCUCUGUCUCAAAUAUGGGGAUGCAGACUCAAAGGAGGCGGGGCGGCUCCUGUACAUCGGGCAGAAUGAGUGGACACACGUCAACUGUGCCAUUUGGUCAGCUGAAGUGUUUGAGGAAAACGAUGGCUCCCUGAAGAAUGUGCAUGCGGCCGUGGCCCGCGGGAGGCAGAUGCGCUGUGAGCUCUGCCUGAAGCCUGGCGCCACCGUGGGCUGCUGCCUGUCCUCCUGCCUCAGCAACUUCCACUUCAUGUGUGCCCGGGCCAGCUACUGCAUCUUCCAGGAUGACAAGAAAGUUUUCUGCCAGAAGCAUACAGACCUGCUGGAUGGCAAGGAGAUCGUGACCCCUGACGGAUUUGAUGUUCUCCGCCGAGUCUACGUGGACUUCGAGGGCAUCAACUUCAAGCGAAAGUUUUUGACGGGUCUCGAACCUGACGCCAUCAACGUGCUUAUUGGCUCCAUCCGAAUUGACUCCUUGGGUACUCUGUCUGACCUCUCGGACUGCGAAGGACGGCUCUUCCCCAUUGGCUACCAGUGCUCCCGUCUCUACUGGAGCACAGUGGAUGCUCGGCGGCGCUGCUGGUAUCGGUGCCGAAUUCUGGAGUAUCGGCCAUGGGGGCCGAGGGAAGAGCCGGUUCACUUGGAAGCAGCAGAGGAGAACCAGACCAUUGUGCACAGCCCUGCCCCUUCCUUAGAGCCCCCAGAUCAUGUGGACCCCCCGCCAGACACAGAUGCCCUUAUCCCGGGAGCUCCUGAACACCACUCACCCAUUCAGAACCUGGACCCCCCACUUCGGCUGGAUCCAAGCAACCCGCCUCCUCCAGCCCCCCGUUCCUUCUUGGGGGCUCGAAUCAAAGUGCCCAACUACUCACCAUCCCGGAGGCCCUUGGGGGGUGUCUCCUUUGGACCCUUGCCCUCCCCUGGAAGUCCGUCUUCUCUAACCCACCACAUCCCUACAGUAGGAGACCCGGACUUCCCAGCUCCCCCAAGACGCUCCCGUCGGCCCAGCCCCCUGGCCCCCCGGUUGCCACCGUCACGACGGGCCUCCCCCCCUCUCAGAACCUCCCCUCAGCUCAGGGUGCCCCCUCCUACCUCAGUCAUUAGAGCCCUCACACCUACCUCAGGGGAGCUGGCUCCCCCUGGCCUGGCCCCAUCUCCCCCACCACCCUCUGAAGACUUGGGCCCAGACUUUGAGGACAUGGAGGUGGUGUCAGGACUGAGUGCUGCUGACCUGGACUUUGCGGCCACCCUGCUGGGGACUGAGCCCUUCCAGGAAGAGAUUGUGGCCGCCGGGGCAGUGGGGAGCAGCCAUGGGGGCCCCGGGGACAGCUCAGAGGAAGAAACAAGCUCCGCCCCUCGCUACGUCCAUUUCCCUGUGACUGUGGUGUCUGGUCCUGCCCUGGCGCCCGGCCCCCUCUCGGGUGCGCCCCGCAUCGAGCAGCUGGACGGAGUGGACGACGGCACAGACAGCGAGGCUGAGGCUGUCCAGCAGCCGCGGGGCCAGGGCACUCCUCCUUCAGGGCCAGGAGCAGGCCGGGCUGGGGUCAUCGGGGCUGCCGGGGACAGGGCCCGACCGCCUGAGGACUUGCCGUCAGAGAUUGUGGAUUUUGUGUUGAAGAACCUGGGGGGGCCGGGGGAGGGGGGUGUGGGGCCCAGAGAGGAGCCCCUCCCUCAACCACCUCCCAUAGCGAAUGGCAGCCAGCCCCCCCAGGCUCUCCCCCCCAGUCCCGCUGAUCCCGCCCGGACAUUUGCCUGGCUCCCUGGGGCCCCAGGGGUCCGGGUAUUGAGCCUUGGCCCCGCCCCCGAGCCCCCCAAACCUGCCGCAUCCAAAAUUAUCCUUGUCAACAAGCUGGGCCAAGUGUUUGUGAAAAUGGCCGGGGAGGGUGAACCUGCCUCACCCCCAGUGAAGCCGCCGCCGCCUCUCCCUCCACCUCUCCCCCCCGCAACCCCUGCUUCCUGGACUCUGCCCCCAGGCCCCUUGCUGGGUAUGUUGCCAGUGGUGGUCCGCCCUGCCCCACCCCCGCCACCCCCUCCAUUGACACUGGUGUUGAGCGGCGGACCCCCCAGUCCACCCCGCCAGGCCAUCCGCGUCAAGAGGGUAUCCACCUUCUCUGGCCGUUCCCCGCCAGCGCCUCCCCCAAGCAAGGCCCCCCGGCUGGAGGAAGAUGGAGAGUCCUUGGAGGAUCCCCCCCAGGGUCCAGGGCUUAGUGGCAGCGGGUGCAGCCGAGUAAGGAUGAAAACGCCCACAGUGCGUGGAGUUCUAGACCUGGAUGAUGCUGGGGAGGAAAGCCACAGGCCCUUUCAGGACCGGUCCCCUCUGCUGCCACUUCCAGAUGGCGGUGCUACCCGGACAUCCGAUGGUCCCCCCGACUUGCUGCUCGAGUCCCAGUGGCACCACUACUCAGGUGAAGCUUCAAGCUCUGAGGAAGAGCCUCCAUCCCCAGAGGACAAAGAGAACCAGGCCCCAAAACGGGCUGGCCCGCACCUGCGCUUUGAGAUCAGCAGUGAGGAUGGGUUCAGCGUGGAGGCAGAGAGCUUGGAGGGGGCAUGGAGAACUCUGAUUGAGAAGGUGCAAGAGGCCCGAGGGCACGCACGGCUCAGACAUCUGUCCUUCAGUGGAAUGAGUGGGGCGAGGCUCCUGGGCAUCCACCACGAUGCUGUCAUCUUCCUGGCAGAGCAGCUGCCGGGCGCCCAGCGCUGCCAACACUAUAAGUUCCGCUACCACCAGCAGGGAGAGGGCCAGGAGGAGCCACCCCUGAAUCCCCAUGGGGCGGCCCGAGCGGAGGUCUAUCUCCGGAAGUGUACUUUCGACAUGUUCAACUUCCUGGCCUCUCAGCACCGGGUGCUCCCUGAGGGAGCCACCUGCGAUGAGGAAGAGGAUGAGGUGCAGCUCAGGUCCACCAGACGUGCCACCAGCCUGGAGCUGCCCAUGGCCAUGCGCUUUCGCCAUCUCAAGAAGACGUCCAAAGAGGCUGUGGGUGUCUACAGAUCUGCCAUCCACGGGCGGGGCCUGUUCUGCAAGCGCAACAUCGAUGCCGGGGAGAUGGUCAUCGAGUACUCCGGUAUUGUCAUUCGCUCUGUGCUGACUGACAAGCGGGAGAAGUUCUACGACGGGAAGGGCAUCGGGUGCUACAUGUUCCGCAUGGAUGACUUUGACGUGGUGGACGCCACGAUGCAUGGCAACGCCGCCCGCUUCAUCAACCACUCGUGUGAGCCCAACUGCUUCUCUCGAGUCAUCCACGUGGAGGGCCAGAAGCACAUUGUCAUCUUUGCCCUGCGCCGCAUCUUGCGUGGUGAGGAGCUCACCUAUGACUACAAGUUCCCCAUCGAGGAUGCCAGCAACAAGCUGCCCUGCAACUGUGGCGCCAAGCGCUGCCGUCGGUUCCUUAACUGAAGCCGUGGCUGCCCACCAUGACCCCCGAGACCCCUGCUGCCAUCUGGCCCCUAGCCUGGGGGUUCCCGGUUCCUCCCGGAGCAUCUCACCCCCACCCUCAUGUUCAGGGUGGAUGUGGGCGUGCAGGUGUCAAGGGCCCUGCCUCCACCCCUCCAGUCCACCCAGCAAUCGCCCCCCUACGUGCCCUGGGGGCCCAGGAUGUAGAUAUUGUACAAAGGUUUCUAAAUCCCUUCUUUUCUAUGCACUUUUUUAUUUAAGAGGGUGGGAACCCAGGUGGGAACCCCCCACAAUAAAGUCUGUCAAUGUUUGGA